CAGAGAGGUGGGGGGAUGGAUCGAAUUUCCUGGGCAUUCCAAUGUCUACUGGAAUCUCUACGCGUACGGAAUAGUACGGCCCGGACGACGCUCUUGCUUCUUCUUUGCGGCUGUUCCUUCUUCUUCCUCUCGUCGUCACAGAGCGAUGAUGUUAGAACGCUCGACGUUGGUCGGGAGAGGCUGGGGGAGAUUUUACCCCUGGCGGCGAUGGGUAGCGCCGUGUAUCAAGUCCGAGGCCUGGAUCCUGCUCACGACUAUGAGAUCAAAGUCUCGUACCCGGCCUCCGUACCAGCAGCAUUCUCGCUCACGCUCUUGCACAGCCGCCGUUCCUCCGGUACUACUAGACGACUGCUCAACGUUGAAAAAAUCAUUUUUCCUGCUCGCGAGCACCUGAUUCUGGACGAGGGGUCUCACAAAGUUUUUGUUCGCGUCUCGGUCAAGCCCGCGGGGGUAAUCGCCAAGAGGAACUUCAAGGAGCAGGAGUUUAUUGUAUAUAACAUAAUGUGCGAGCGAGUGUUCUUCAGUGGGAUCCCUGAGCAAGCCUGGUGGAUAGGAUUUUUGGCAACUGGAGCGCUUCUCUUUUCAUAUUUCCUAGCAAAUAUCCUGCCACAUUUACUGUUCGGCACAACAGCUAAGUCGGCACAGAAUUAAGCUUUCUCGCUACAAAAUGGUGCAGAAAUACAAAACCUUGAUAAUCCUCGGGCA